AUGCUGAGCUCCAUUUCUUCGCGUAACAGCCUCUCCGUGGCUCCUCUCGCCAUACACAAAACCGACGCCGCGGCAGUAUCUGGCGACGAUGCCUACUUGACGGCCCUCCACAACACCACCUCUUUAUCAUCGUCUUCCCUCCUCUCAGCACACGGGGGAAAUCUUUAUGCACACUCCCAGAUGACGCCACCAGCAACCCCAAAUGGCUCGCAGGAGGACCUGUCCCACAACAACAAUAACAACGGAUACAUGCACAGCUCUCUGUCACAGCCCGAUCCACCGCCAGUAUUUCACAACUUCUUGCGCGCUUACUAUGCCUUUCAGCCUAGCUACUCGCCUGCCGACUCGACCGUCACAUUGCCGAUGAACGAGGGCGAUGUCAUUCUGGUGCAUUCCAUUCAUACCAAUGGCUGGGCUGAUGGCACCCUCCUUGUGUCUGGUGCACGAGGCUGGCUGCCCACGAACUAUUGUGACGCCUACGAGCCAGACGAGAUGCGGAACUUACUUAAUGCUCUGCUGAACUUCUGGGAUCUGAUGCGCAGCACCACCGUCAACGACAACGAGAUUUUCGGCAACCAGGAGUUCAUGAAGGGCAUUAUCGCUGGCGUUCGGUACCUGCUGGAACGCACCGAAUGUCUGACACGCGAGUCGCCUCUGAUUCAGCGUCACGACGGUUUGAGGCGCAAUCGGAAAUCUCUGCUGUCCGAAUUGUCGUCCCUCGUGAAGUCGGCUAAGCGGUUGCAGGAGUACCAGCGCUUUCCCGACCCAACCGAGAAUGUCAACAACAUUGUAGACGAGAUGAUCCUAAAGGCGUUCAAGAUCGUCGUCAAGGCUGUUCGUUUCUGCGACGUCAUCGAAGAGGACCGCCAGCAAUAUGCACAGGCCAUCGCUUUGUCUGCCUCUCAACAUCUCAUGCAGCCGAUAACAUUGAUGACUCCAGUGCAGGACGAGAAAUCCAUCCCACCUACGCCACCCGCCGACAGCAUCACGUUCGAUGGCCGGAGGAGGGGGCUAUCGCUGUCCGCAUCCGAUCCCUUGAUCGCCAGCGGGGCAUAUGCAGCCUCGUCGCUUACAGUCUCUGGAGCGCCUGUUAACAAGCGCCUCUCCAGCUUGACGGCGAAUUAUCAACACCGGCUGUCACAAUCCGGAAUUAAGAGCUCUUUGGUGAACAACAACCGCCUGUCCUCGUCUAGCAUGUCUCACCGCGUUUCUUUGGCGGGUCCCUCGCCGUUGUCACAGGCUCACAAUUUGGUCUCCCACCGGCUGGGUGACCGUCAUGACACAUUCUUGUCUUAUCUCGGAUCCUUCAUUGGCCGGCUGCACCUCCAUUCACAGUCUCGGCCGCAGCUGGCCUUGGCGAUCAAGCAGUCGGCCACAUCCGGGAGCCAAUUGUUGGUUGUGGUCGACGUGGUAUCAGGCCACGACUCGCUGAGCCGUGAGAUUCUGCACAACUCGCGCGUUGCCAUGUCUGACCGCAUCCUCGAGCUGGUGUAUCUUGCACGGGACAUCCUGACUAAUCAAGUAACUGAUGUUGACGAUGUUAUCGUCCCGCAUGACAACGGUCGGCUUCUGACCGCCGCAACAAACUGCGUGAAGGCCACAGGAGAGUGCGUGGCGAAGACGAAGUGGGUUAUCGAGCGCAUCGGCGAUUUUGAGUACGAAUUCGACGACAUCACACUGGCUUUUGACGUUGACCUUUCCGUCUUGGACAUUUCGUUUGCGACUGUAAUGUCUGACGCCGCGAGCUUGGCGGCAACUGACACCGUGUCGAUCAAGACUCUUAUCGCCCAUACCAACGAGACCGAGCAACAGACGUAUCCCGAUGUCGGCUACGGUGACGCUUCAGAUUCGUUCACGCCGGCCAUGUACGAUGCACAGGGGCCUGCAGCGAUGGAAACGCAAUUGCCCUCAGUCAGCCCGAUACCCUAUGUCGACAACAUGGCUGCCCGUCGGCUGUCCUCUGCGGUACCUCACCUCAACAAUCUUUCUGUUGAUAAGCCGCUCCCCGAAGUCCCUCAGGUUACCUCACCGAUUGAAGAUGUUAGUCAGUCCCGGCAGUACUCUGCGGCGUCUCGACCUGUCUCCUAUGCCAUGGAGGAUGUCUCUGCGAUCACCAGCGUGACCUCGUCUGUGUCAUCCACCCAACCGGCGCUUCCGCGCCUGCCACGAAUGUCGACGUACAUACCUCGCGAGGGUGACAGCCCGGUCGAGCAGGCAACCACUAACGAAGGCGAAUUCACGUCGUCGUUCCACUCCGAGAGUCUUACCGUGAACAGCUCCGGCACGACAAGCACUUACGCGAGCCGCAACUCCGAGUCGAGCUUGGUGUCGAGGACUUCAACACGUGCUACCACGCCAGACAACACGCUUGUGAACCAGCCGUCGCUAUCGGAGUUGAGCACGACUGCAAGCUCGACUCUCGUCGAAGAAGCCGAGGAGGAGGUGGAAUCGAAGCUGCUCGAGCGCACAUAUGCGCAUGAGCUCAUGUUCAACAAGGAGGGCCAGGUCACUGGCGGAUCGCUGCCAGCCCUCGUCGAGCGCCUGACAACACACGAGUCGACGCCGGAUGCUAUGUUCGUGUCGACGUUUUACCUGACUUUCCGCCUCUUCUGCAGUCCGGUGAAGCUGGCAGAGGCGCUCAUCGACCGCUUUGAAUAUGUUGGCGAGUCACCCCAUAUGGCAGCGCCCGUUCGGCUGCGUGUUUACAACGCCUUCAAGGGCUGGCUUGAGUCGCACUGGCGUGACGAGCUGGACCGCGAGGCUCUCGUGCUGAUUGAGCCUUUUGCCGAGGUCAGAUUGAGCAGCAUGCUCCCGUCGGCCGGUCGGCGGCUCUUGGACCUGGUUGAGCGCGUGGGCGAUACUGACGCCACUCUGGUUCCGCGGCUGGUGUCGACCAUGGCCAAGACGAGCACUUCCAUUCCGCAACACAACGCGGUGGACUCGCCAUUUCCGACAACGCUCAUGUCCAAGGCGCUACAGAACGGUCUGGCGAACUGGAAGAUGGGCGGCAGCAUCCCGUCGAUCAUGGACUUUGACCCAACGGAGAUGGCCCGGCAGUUGACGAUGCGGCAGAUGAACAUCUUCUGUUCGAUCAUGCCUGAUGAGCUACUGGGCUCGCAGUGGAUGAAGAAGGGCGGCCUCGGGGCACCGAACGUGAAAGCAAUGACGGCACUGACGACUGACCUUUCCAACCUGGUUGCCGACACCAUCUUGACACACGCUGAGGUGAAGAGGCGGGCGGCCGUGAUCAAGCAGUGGAUCAAGAUUGCGCACCAGUGCGCCGAGCUGCAGAACUACGAUGCUCUCAUGGCCAUCAUCUGCAGCCUGAACAGCUCGACGAUCGCCCGUCUUCGCAAGACGUGGGACAUCGUGUCGCAGAAGCGGCGUGACAUGCUGAAGACGAUGCAGGCGAUUGUCGAGCCGGCACAGAACAACAAGGUCCUCCGUGGCCGGCUCAACGGCCACGUGCCGCCUUGCCUUCCGUUCCUGGGAAUGUACCUGACGGACCUGACGUUUGUGGACAUUGGCAAUCCGGCGACGAAGCAGCUUCCGGGCCAGGAUGGAGGUGACCGCAACGGCAACAGCAGCGACAACGAGAACGGAAGCGGUGGCGGUGGGCUGACGGUGGUCAACUUUGACAAGCACAUGCGCACGGCCAAGAUCAUCGGCGAGCUGCAGCGGUUCCAGAUUUCGUACCGGCUGACGGAGGUGCCGGACAUCCAGGAGUGGAUCGGAGAGCAGAUCAGCCGGGUGCGCGAGAUGGACAAGACGCAGGGCGACAACGUGCAGGUGUCAUACUACCGGAAGAGCUUGCUGCUGGAGCCGCGUGAGGCGCAGGCCCAGAUGCUCAAGUCGAUGGUGGAUGCCGGCAGCGCUGCAGCAGUGGCGGGAGCAUUCACGAUCAAAGAGGCAGGCCGGGCCGAUCUCUUCGCCUGGAUGCGUGGCGGAUACAACGCUGCGAACGGCGCGAGCAACGUCUAA